GCGCGUGCCGCAGGUUGCUCGGCGGCUGCUCGCCGUGUGUUCAGCGUCCGACCGAGUUCAGUACCCGGUUGACAGCCGGUGAGGCGGCGGCGUCACGCGCUAUUCAAACUGUUCCAAACGCGCGCGCCGCCUCUUGCGCGAUUUAUAAUCUAUCUAAAUCAAUUUUGCACAACACUAAACUGUAUUUAAAAUCUAUUGAAUGUGAGAGAGGACUCGUACGGUCCCGAAGCCAAUUCCAUGGAACAUCGAACCGUUACAAUAUCUUUUAUACGAUUUACUUUACCAAUGAAUAACAACAAUACCGUGCGUAAUCACGUUACAGCAAUGAUCAAAUACCUACGUGUAAUGCAAUUUACUGAAUGACGUUAAGUAAAUACGAUCGGCUAGUGAGAGCUUUACUUCUGCUAUGAUCGGCAGCGAGGCUUGGAGCUGGCGAACCAACAAAAGUGUUUUAUAGUAUUAAAUGAAUUAAAGUACUAGAUUAUGCCACAUUUUUUUGGAUUUGUAGUGAGGUGUUGAGACUAUAGAGUUAAAAAAUCAGCAAUGGCGGACCGUGAACGUCCUGCUAAAACCCCUAUUAGGGUGGGAUUUUAUGACAUAGAAAGGACUAUUGGCAAGGGUAAUUUUGCCGUGGUCAAAUUAGCACGACAUCGAAUAACGAAGACUGAGGUAGCAAUUAAGAUAAUAGAUAAAUCGCAGUUAGAUGCCAGCAAUCUUCAGAAGGUCUACCGAGAAGUGGACAUCAUGAAGAGGCUCGACCAUCCUCAUAUUAUUAAGCUUUAUCAGGUCAUGGAGACGAAAAACAUGAUCUACAUAGUAUCAGAAUACGCCAGCAAAGGAGAGAUCUUUGACUACAUCGCUCGCUACGGGCGGAUGGCUGAGCAGGCGGCGCGGCGGAAAUUCUGGCAGAUCCUGUCCGCGGUGGAAUACUGCCACGAGAGGCGGAUAGUACAUCGAGAUCUCAAGGCGGAGAACCUGCUAUUGGAUGCGAAUAUGAACAUCAAGAUCGCAGACUUCGGGUUCAGUAACUACUACGCGACAGGAGAGCUGCUGGCCACGUGGUGUGGCUCCCCGCCAUACGCUGCGCCGGAGGUGUUUGAAGGCAAACGGUACACCGGGCCGGAGAUCGACAUAUGGAGCCUGGGAGUGGUGCUGUAUGUGUUGGUGUGCGGCGCGCUACCAUUCGACGGGUCCACGCUUCAGUCGCUGCGGGACCGGGUGCUGUCCGGCCGGUUUAGGAUACCUUAUUUUAUGAGUCAAGACUGCGAAUCGUUAAUCCGCAAGAUGCUAGUCCUUGAGCCAACGAAGCGGUAUACGAUCGAGCAGAUCAAGAAGCACCGGUGGAUGGCAGCGGAGCCCUACACCGCGCCCGCGGCGGCGCCGGAUCCGGCGCGGAGCCCUGCCCACGUACCCUCGGACCCUAACGAGCAGGUGCUCAGGCUUAUGCAGAGCUUGGGGAUCGACCCUGUUAAGACCAAAGAGAGCCUUCGCUCGAACAGUUACGACCACCACGCAGCGAUCUACCUUCUUCUGUUGGAGCGGCUGCGAGCGAGAGCCGCCGGUGGCUCGGUCAGCCAGGACCGGAGGCCGUCGCGGCGGCCGUCCUCCGUGGCGGACCAAGCGCUGGUCAGGGAGUUGCAUGACGCUAGGAGGGAGCAGCAGAAUAGAAUAUUCCACGCUGGCGAUCCUCAGUCGCGAGAGUUUAGCAGAGCGCCCCCGGUGAUAUCCGCCGCAUCAGGCGACUCGUCCUCCGAAACCCAACGCCUGCUGUCUCUAGCGGGCGUCAACAUGACUGAACAAAGACUGCUCCAACGAAACUCCGACCCCUCGGAUACGCACCGGAGCUUUCUAGUCGGCAACCUCGACGUAGGCUCAAGUCGGAGUCAUGAAACGGAAUCCACGAGGCUUCUUUCCAUGAGAAACAAUGACGUCUCUCAAUCCGCGCAGAGGCUAGGUGCCAAGUUAAACGACGGCGUCCCGACACACCGGCUGCUGGCUUCCACUUACGAACAACAGCAGAACAUCUUGAAACAAUCCAGUGAGGAUUGCCGGAGACUCCUCCAACAAUCGACCACGGUCGGAUCCGACACCGGCAAGAACACUGCCGACGGCACUAGGCUAUUAACGUCUUCUAGUUUUGAUUCAAAAUGCGCGAUAGACGGCGGAAGAAGUUCGUCGGCGACAGACCACAAUCUAAUAGCAAAUUUCUUACAAAAUUCUGCGUCCGCAACUAAUUUUAGUGUAGAAACUAUGAAACUGCCUAGUUCGACGACGUUUACUAUGUGUUCCGAAGCAGCAAAACUUAUGAAUACCUUACAACAAUCUCCUUUACCUCUCAAAGGAACCGUGAAUUUAAGUACUAGUCCAAUACCGACGCAGCUGGCGGAAGCUAAACUUGGCAUUUUAGAGCAACCGAAGCCUCUCGAAUCGAGCAGGCUCGUCUCACAAGCCCAACAACAAGAUCUCAGUCGCUUGCAAUCCAGCACUCCGCCGUUUAAAGACUACAUGAAUCACCAUCUCCCAGCCUACUCGUAUUUACAAAGUACAGUAUUGCCUCCUAUAUCUAGCUCCGAUGGAAACGCCACGACGUCCACGGCAACCAGUGACCUGAUUCCAAAUACUCUGUACAGGCCGGAUAGCAAGUUUUCAUUGAAUAGGUACACUACAACGCAAACGUACUCUGGUCCAAAUCUUCAGAGCAACUCGACAGAUGCGACAAAAUUUCAACAACAGUAUUCAUCGUCGACGGAUGAGGGCUGUGAAACGGAUAUGGAAGACGUCGCGAGCGUGCCCAGCGGAGUCCAGAACCGUCUUAGCUCCUACGCUAGUUCGAGCUCGAGCAGCGGCGUCGUAACGUUCUUCAAUAAUAAAAGCCUCAGCCAAAACCUCAGCUGUGAUUCAUCCCAAAGCAAUUUCUCUACGUUCGAAAGCCUCGACUAUCAGCUUUCAGACUGUUCUAGCGAACUAGCAAGUAGUCUUCCCAGUUGUACGUCAAACGAGGAUAAGCUCGCGUACGAGAACAGCUCCCUCGUAAAUACUAGUCCGAUGCACCCCUGCGUAUAUAUUUCUUCUUAUAAUAGUAAAACUCCGGGUAUCGGUUCCAUAGCUCGGCAUAACCCGUUGAACUAUCAAUCCGCUAAUAAGAAUAACACACGGGCGAUGACUCGAAGCCCGGUCGACUUCAGAGAAGGACGACGAGCGAGCGACGGGUUGGUCGCACAACAAGUGGCGCAGGCCAACGAGCAGCAAGUCAACACCUUAGCGUUCAACAGCCAACGAUUAAAUGAGAAUUGCAAAGCUAAAGGCGUUCUAGAGCUCCAUCUGGUCCAAAAGGAGGCGCAGAAGUUAAAAACGCAGUAUCAAUCAUCUCUUCCGGCGGAGGAAAUGACGCAGAGGCAAAUACAGCACAAUCAAUUCGCGGCGUCCUUCAGCCCUCACUACUUAGACACGAAAAAUCCGACACCUAAAAGAAUCAGUCUCCCCGAAACGUUCAACUACUCUAGCACCUCGCCGCCGAUGCCGGCCAGCCCCAAGACGGUCGCCGCGCUGCAGGAGCCCGCCGAGCCGCACGCCGCCGCGCCGCAGGCCAAGCCGCCGCUGCAGCAGCAGCUCAUGCAGCACCGCCUCUUCCAGCAGAAGCGGCAGCUGCUGCAGAAGCAGAUGGCGCCGCCCAACGUGGCCGCGCACGACAUCGGCGCGCUGCACUCGCUGCAGGUCGGCCUCAGCCGGCGCCAGAUGCUGCGCCAGCAGAGCUACAAGAUCGCCCAGCAGCAGCAGAUCCUCCCGCCGCUGCCCCUCACGGAGACCGAGAACCGCGACCUGCUCGCCUUCCAGGCGAUAGUCGAGGGGCCGAACCGGUCGCCGAAGCGCAAGGAGGACGAGGACCUCGCGAAGUUCGCGUACCAGGGAUCGAUGGAGAUCAGCAUAAUGAACAAAGAUAGACUGGGGAACGAGACGUGGUCGAACUUGCCGUCGAGCUUGCAGAGCGCGUGUCAGAUCUCGGAGCGACGGGAGCCGCGGACGGGCGGGGAGGAAGGCGGGGACGCGGCGCUGUGGCCGGCGCCGCCCGCGCCCGCGCCCGCGCUCGCGCACGCGCAGUGGAGCGGCGGCGCGCUGUUCCAGCCGCAGCCCUGCUUCCAGGUAUUCCAACAGAUCAACUAGCUAGAUCUCCGUAGAGUAGUAUUGCACGACUGUCGAGCCGCGGCGACCGUCGCGUCGCCGUCUACGUCUGCACGGUAGCGCUGAACACGUUUUGUAGCAUAAUAAUUAUAGUGAUGAAAUCUAGCGUGAUUGUUGCCGGUGUGAAAUCGUGGAUGCAUGAUUUGACGUAAUCGCGCGGUACUUAUGAUAUUUCUGACGAGUGCAUGACAAUAAUUAGUGCGUACGACUUUGUUGUGUGGCCGUUGCGGCGGUCGCCGGUUGUCGAUGAUCGAUCGACGGCUGAAAAAUUAAUAGAUCGUAGAUGUAGUUAAAGUGUCAAUAUUAAGAUAGUUACUUUAUGCACUCGAUUUAAAAAUUAUAGUUUUAAUAUUGAAAGCUGUAAAUUUUGUACUCAGAUGCACUAAAUCUAACUGAAAUUUUCAUUCCUUCUUGAGACGGAGACGAUAUUUCAUCACAUUAACUAUUAUUCCAUUUACUUGCCAAGUAUUUAUUAUAAAAGUUGCAUUUCACGUGUAUAUUUACGAACAUCACAAUGAGAGAGUCCUUUGUUUAUACUAUUUAUUAUUUAAUAUUCUUCCAUGAUUAUUAUUUAGAAUAAGUAUAUAUUUAUAAUAUUUAUGGAAAUUUUAAGUUAAACUUUGUUUCCUCUGUGAAAGUUUGUAUAUACAUUAUGUGAUUAUUUGCAGAUAACUAUCAUAGUUACGUAUGUAAGAUGUGACAGCUUUACUUAGAGAAAGUUUUAUUUAAAUAAAUGUAAUGAUUUUCAGA